AGGCCCAGAUGGUGACCACGGACUUCCCGAAUAUCUUUCCCAUGGGCGACCGGCUGUACAUUGGCCUGGCCGGGCUCACCACCAACGUCCAGACAGUCGCCCAGCGCCUCAAGUUUCAGCUGAACCUGUGUGAGCUGAAGGAAGGUCGACAGAUCAAGCUUUACACCAUCAUAAGCAUGGUGGCCAACCUCCUGUAUGAGAAACGGUUCAGGCCCUACUACACUGAGCCAGUCAUUGCUGGCUUGGACCCAAAGACCUUUAAGCCAUUCAGCUGCUCUCUAGACCUCAUUGGCUGCCCCAUGGUGACUGAUGACUUUGUGGUCAGUGGCACCUGCACCGAACUAAUGUACGGCAUGUGUGAGUCCCUCUGGGAGCCCAACAUGGAUCCACAACACCUAUUUGAAACCAUCUCACAAGCCAUGCUGAAUGCUGUGGACAGGGACCAUGUCGGGCAUGGGAAUCAUUGUCCAUAUCAUUGAGAAGGACAAAAUCACCACCAGGACGCUGAAGGCCUGAAUGGACUAACUCUGUUCCCAGAG